GGUCCUCGGUCCGGACAAAAUUUUGCUCCUCUCUCAGCAUCUCAAUGCUUUGCUGCUCCCUCUUGCUUCUCGAGCUGUACCCUUAAAAAAAAAUACUAAUUUCUCUCUCCAUUCCCAACCUUCAACCCUCCAUUUUUCUAUUUCAAAAGUCACCAACUCCCGAGGUCCCCUAAUGGCUUCCAAGAAUCCAUUUCAAUCCCUCCCCUUAAACAACUCCACAGUUAUGAAAGACCCAUCUCACUCACUCUCCACUCGAUGUCACUCCCCAACUUCUCUCCAACGAUGGCGCCAUGGCUCUUGCUGUUACUGUCGUUAUUACCUUUCCUUGAUUUUGUGAUGGCCAAGGAUCCGAUUCUAUCGCCAAAGGGAUUGAAUUAUGAAGUGGCUGCGUUGAUGUCGAUGAAGAGCAAGGUAAGGGAUGAGGUUGGGGUCAUGGAUGGCUGGGAUAUCAAUUCUGUGGAUCCUUGUACUUGGUUCAUGGUUGCCUGCUCUCCUGAUGGUUUUGUGGUCUCAUUGGAAAUGGCUAGCUAUGGAUUGUCGGGUACGCUAUCUUCGAGCAUUGGGAAUUUGAGCCAUCUACAGACCAUGCUGUUGCAAAAUAACAGAUUAUCUGGUCCUCUUCCUUCUGAGAUUGGGAAGCUGUCACAGCUCAAGACUCUUGAUCUCUCUGGUAACCAAUUUAUCGGUGAAAUCCCAAGUUCUUUGGGACUUCUAACUCAACUAGGCUACUUGCGCAUUGACAGGAAUAAUUUGUCCGGUCAGAUUCCCAAAACUGUUGCAAAUCUCUCUGGACUUACAUUCCUUGAUUUAUCAUUCAACAAUCUUAGUGGUCCAACUCCCAAGAUACUGGCAAAAGACUACAGUGUUGCAGGAAAUAUGUUCCUCUGUAAUUCAUCAGCUAUACAUGGUUGUGCAAAGGUUCCCUUGACUGUCAAUGAAACCACUACAUUAAGAAAACCCAAUAACCAUCAGUUAGCAAUUGCUGUUUCUUUGAGUGUCGGCUGUACCUUACUGAUGUCUUUCACGCUGCUCUUUUGUUGCCUCCAUUAUUGUAGAUGGCGUCUACCAUUUUCAUCUUAUGAUCAAGACUAUGACUUUGAAAUGGGUCAUUUAAAGAGGUUCUCAUUCCGAGAGCUACAGAUUGCAACUGAUAAUUUUAGUUCUAAGAAUAUUCUAGGUCAAGGUGGAUUUGGAAUUGUUUAUAAAGGCCAGCUUCGAAAUGGGACUAUGAUAGCGGUUAAAAGAUUGAAAGAUCCCAACUUCACUGGAGAAGUUCAGUUCCAAACAGAAGUGGAGAUGAUCGGCUUGGCUUUACAUAGGAAUCUACUGCAGCUAUAUGGGUUUUGCAUGACUUCAAAUGAGAGGCUCCUUGUAUAUCCAUAUAUGCCAAAUGGGAGUGUUGCUGAUCGUCUAAGAGACCGUCGCAAUGAGAAACCAUCCUUGGAUUGGAGCAAGCGUAUGAGAAUUGCACUGGGGGCUGCCCGUGGGCUACUAUAUUUGCAUGAGCAAUGCAACCCUAAAAUCAUUCAUCGAGAUGUUAAAGCUGCCAACAUCUUGCUUGACGAGAGUUUUGAAGCAGUCGUUGGAGAUUUUGGGUUGGCAAAGCUUCUAGAUACGAGGGACUCUCAUGUUACCACUGCUGUUCGAGGUACUGUAGGGCACAUUGCCCCAGAGUAUCUGUCAACAGGGCAGUCAUCAGAGAAGACAGAUGUAUUUGGGUUUGGUAUUCUGUUGUUGGAAUUGAUAACAGGUCCAAAGACAUUGAGUUCUGGCAAUGCUCCUGUCCAAAAGGGAAUGAUUCUUGACUGGGUUAGAGCUUUACACGAGGAAAAAAGAAUCCAAACCCUUGUCGAUAAAGAUCUCAAUGGCUCCUUCAAUGACAAUGAACUGGAGAGUGUUGUUGAUGUAAUUCUGUUGUGCACUCAGUCUAAUCCUGUGCUUCGGCCAAAGAUGUCGGAAGUCGUUAAGGCCUUGGAAGCUGCAAGACCAGCAGACCGCACUGAAGAAGCAAAUGGGGAAGUGCUCUGUGCAGGAUCUGGCAGUUUCUCUAGAAGUUAUGAUGAUGCUAAUGAGGCUUCUUCAUUCAUUAUUGAAGCAAUUGAGCUUUCAGGACCCAGAUGAUAUGCCUCAGAAAACUUAUGCAGUAGUGUACAAAAGAAAGUGGUAGUUUUGUUUUUAGAAAAGAUUAUAACUGUAUAUGGAAUGACUUUAUGUAAUUAGGACUGGCAAUGUAUCCUCUCUCAAAUUUUGAGUCAUCUACAGGUUAUCCUUGAUGAUGAAAGUUUUUGUAUAUUUUGUUGUACUUUGGUGCAUAUUUAUUAUAAAAUGUUAGAGAUACUAGCGUUCA